AUGGAGCAACCCACCUUCGUUCCCAGGGAUUUUUACAUGAUUUUUAUGAGAUUCGUGACUCAGAGUUCCAAGGUUCCCAAAGUGAAAAAUGAUAUCCUACAAAGCUUGGAAGAACAAAAAACCGCGUCUGGUUCGAAAAAGGUUCGAGGCUGUGAUUAUGAGCAGAUAGACAAGGCUGUUUUCAAAUGGUUUACUGUUCAAAGAAGCCAAAACAUUCCGAUCGAUGGCAAUUUGAUAAAAGAAAAGGCACUCAGUUUUGCUAAAAACUUUGAUUGUUCAAGUUUCAAGGCUUCCGAUGGUUGGCUGGACAAAUGGAAAAAAAGGUAA